CUUCGGCAGCAGCACCAACAACAACAACGAUCCCAGCAAAGAUUUCUUAAUGGACUCGAUUGUGCGCAAAAUGGCGGAUGGUGGUCACACGUUCGUAAAGAAGAAUUUCCAUAAGCCAACAUACUGUCAUCAUUGUUCGGAUAUAUUGUGGUUCGGUUUAAUUGGACAAGGUUAUAUAUGUGAAGUAUGUAACUUUAUAAUACAUGAACGAUGUGUCACAAAUGUUGUGACUCCUUGCUCUGGCAUUGCACCCUGUAUUAUUAAGAAUCCCGUGGCUCAUUGUUGGUCGGAACCCACACAACAUAAAAAGAAAUUCUGCACAGUAUGUCGCAAACGUAUGGAUGAUACACCUUCUGUACAUUGCAUAGUUUGUGAAUAUUAUGCACAUCUCGAGUGCCAAGAUUUCGCUGUACCCGAUUGUACAGAAAAUGCCACCUAUGUACCCGGCAAGGAGCUAUUAAAUGUAAAGCAUCAACAUCAUUGGCGAGAAGGCAAUCUACCAUCAAAUUCAAAAUGUGUUUACUGCAAAAAGACCUGUUGGUCAUCCGAAUGUCUAACAGGCUAUCGCUGCGAAUGGUGUGGUCUGGUCACACACGCUGGAUGUCGCAUGUACCUGCCAACCGAAUGUACAUUCGGUUGUUUACAACCGAUCUAUUUACCUCCGCAUUGUGUUUCAAUACCGCGUACCGAGGUGCCAAUUAAAGAAAUAAUGGGUGUUCGAAAAACCGAAUCCGAAUCGAAUUUAGUUCGCGACUAUUCAUGCCCUCGAAGUAUAUCGGAAGAAUUCAGUAGUGGUGAUGCUCCACGCUUCAAAGAUGAAGAAUCGGUGGACAAAAAUGAGGCAAUGUCUGUUGUGGCGGGCGGCAGUGCAGCUGGCUGCAGCAGUGGUGGUUCAUCUUCACAUUAUCGGCCCGAAUCAGCAUCGGGUCAUAAAUCUGAUAAAUCGGACAAAGAAAAAGAGAAGAAGGAAAGGGAACGUGAAGAGAAGGAUAUAGAAGCAAUCAAGGUCUUUGAUGGCAACAAUUCAUUUAGGCGACAGCUAUAUCGCGUUAUAACGGUACCUCGUACAUAUACCUUGGAACAAUUGUUAACAACAGCAUUGCGAGCAUUUCAUAUAUCACGUGAUCCCAGUGCAUUUUAUUUAACCGAUUUAUAUGCUCCCGUCGGCAUGGAAGAUGCCGCUUUGCAAGAUCCAAAUCCUGUAUUAAGCCUAAAUCACAUGGAGGGUAAACGACCAGCUAUAUUUCUUCGGUUUCAAGACAAGGACAAUGGUUUUGUUCGCGUUUAUCCGGGUAAAUUGCAGUGCUCGUUGGAAGAGCCAUAUGUUAGUGUUCCUGUCGAUUCUACGACCACUAUUAAGGAUUUGAUACGUGAUGCUCUAGAUCGUUUUGGUUUACAAGAUAAUCCAAUCGAUGAUUACAGAUGUUCCCAAGUAUUAUUAGAUAGUGGUGUUACCGAACGCAUUUUAUCAUGGAACGAACGCCCAUGGAAUAUUAUGAAACAAAUGGGCAAAGAUUCAAUACGUCAAAUGGAAUUGAUGCGCUUCUAUUUGCAACACCGACAAGAUCCCCAUGGUCCUAAUAUUGCCUUGUUUGUGGGCAAUUUAGAUCCGGGAAAAUCUCAAAGGAAAUAUGAAGAUUUCCUAAAUAAAUAUCUAACGGAAGAUAGUAAAUUUACAAGUAUUGGUCCAAUCUAUUAUGAAUAUGGUUCGGUGGUAUUGACCUAUGAGGAUGCCCAGAAGGCGGUACGAGCCUUCUAUAUUUUGCGUGAAGUACGCUGGGAUGGCAAAGAUUUGUUGGUAAUGCUUUUGCCGAACAUUGAACCGAGUAUGGUGCCACCCGACAUAAAUCCACUGCUAGUCUUUGUAAAUGUUAAGUCAGGCGGUUGCCAAGGUCUAGAGUUAAUAUCGAACUUUAGAAAAUUGCUGAAUCCAUUUCAAGUAUUUAAUUUGGAAAAUGGUGGACCGUUACCGGGAUUAUACGUUUUCCGUCACAUACCGCAUUAUAAGAUCUUGGUUUGUGGCGGUGAUGGUACCGUUGGUUGGGUUCUACAAUGUCUAGAUAAUGUGGGACAAGAUUCGGAAUGUUCAAGUCCACCUUGUGCCAUUCUACCGCUUGGAACUGGCAACGAUUUGGCCCGUGUCCUCUGUUGGGGUUCCGGCUAUACAGGCGAUCAAGAUCCCCUUAGCUAUUUGCGUGAGGUAAUCGAAGCUGAAGAUAUACGCUUAGAUCGUUGGACUGUUGUCUUUCAUCCGGAAGAGAAACCCGAGGAACAAAUAUUAAAGGUUCCCACGAACACAACCGGUAAGAAGAAGAAGGCUCAUCAAGCACAUCUAUCGCAACAAACAGAUCAGCAUCAUCAAGAACCGGCCAUUACAUCGAGUGAAAAAUCAGGCGCCGGCGAUGAUGAAUGUGAGGGUACCAAAAACGAAGACAAUACCCAAAUCUUUGUCAUGAACAAUUACUUCGGCAUCGGCCUGGAUGCCGAUCUCUGUCUGGACUUUCACAAUGCCCGUAUGGAGAAUCCCUUCAAAUUUAAUUCACGUCUACACAAUAAGGGCGUCUACGUUAAGAUGGGUCUACGCAAAAUGAUGGGCGGACGCAAAUGUACAAAGGAUUUGCAAAAGGAAUUGCAUUUGGAGGUUGAUGGCAAGGUCGUGGAAUUGCCACCAUGUGAGGGUAUUAUUAUAUUGAAUAUAUUAAGUUGGGGCAGUGGUGCCAAUCCCUGGGGUCCCGAUAAGGAUGAUCGUUUCUCAACACCAAAUCACUAUGAUGGCCUAUUGGAAAUUGUUGGCGUCACGGGUGUUGUGCAUUUGGGACAAAUUCAGUCGGGUAUACGCUAUGCAAAUCGCAUUGCCCAGGGUGGCCACAUAAAAAUGCAUUUAUAUUCAGAUUUACCCGUGCAAGUUGAUGGUGAACCAUGGGUACAAUGUUCCGGUGAUAUUGUGGUUUUAAAAUCUGCUCUAAGGGCGACCAUGUUGAAAAAAGUCAAAAAUAAAAUGAAACGUCGCAACACAGAACCAUCAAUGGCCCUGGCUGGCCAACAGAUGUCGCUGGCCCUGCCACCCACAACCGCCGAGGGAGAUUCGGAAAGUGAAAUUGCCAGCAAUAAUACCGAUUUCUGAAUAUGGUACAGCGAGCGUUUGAUUUAAAAUGUUAAUAAAUUUUAUUAAAAAACCACAA